GACCAUCUACCAUAAACAGCCCUUCACUGUCAACCUGCUCGACCCAUAUCUUUACAGAAGUAGCAGCUUCUUCCUGUUUCGAAAGAAAGCAAAGGUUCCGGUGUAGGUUCGACAGGGCUUUUCUCAACCGCAAAAAUGGUAACUUGGGGUUCGAAUACUGUCCACAGUAUUGCUGGCAAUCCGAGUCCUGCACCGAUCGCGUUCGGCGCUCCUAAUCCAGCUCCUACUACAGGAUUUUCAUUCGGUUCUCCUAGCCCAUCAACAUCUUCAGGAUUGGGGGCCCCUAGUCCAGCUCCGACAACUUUGUUUGGAUCGUCGUCACCCGCACCUUCCGGAAGUCUUUUUGGUUCUGCCUCCCCAGCGCCUUCAACGAGCCUCUUUGGAUCGUCAGCACCCGCCUCCUCAUCCGGAAGUCUAUUCGGUGCGCCAUCUCCUUCAGGAGGGUUGUUCGGUUCAUCGCUGGCACCUUCGGGGAGUCUGUUUGGUUCGACGCCAGCUCCCUCGGGUGGAUUGUUUGGUUCUACCUCAGCACCCACCGCUGGAAGUUUGUUUGGUUCGCCCGCACCCGCUCCUUUUGGUCAAAGCAAUCCUGUGCAACAACAGCAAAUUCCCGCACAAGCCGCUUUGAAAGCUCACUUGGAUGCGGCAGCUCGACAAGAACAAGCUCGAGUGCAGGAAGCCCUGGAAAAGAUCCAUAAGGCCUAUACGGGGACGGCAUUGGCUUUGGCUGACAAAUCCUCUCAGUUUGUGUCAAUUGUCUACAAUCCCAUGACUCCGGAACUUCGCCAAAUGCAAUUGGCUACGGGAAUUGGUGUCGACGGAAUGCCUCGUCCGAUGGAACCACCGAAGCCUCCGCAAGUCUCUACGCAUGACUGGGAAGUUGCGGUGGUAUCCAAUCCCGACUACGCCUCCUUCAUGCCGAUUGCUUUGGUAGGCGCUGAAGCUUUGCAAGCUCGACUUACUCAUCAGCAAGAAAAGUCGAAUUUAUUGUCGAAGCAAAUCAAAUCUUUGCAAUCAAGUCAAGAAUUUUUACGCCGGCGCUUCGAAGAAGUGCAAACGCAGUUGAAUCAAACGAGUCAACGCAGUGAACAACAACAACGCAAGCUUUUGGCCGUCAUGCGCAGAGUAGAACUGGCACGUUGUUACAAUCAACCGCUUCAAGGCGACGAAGUCAAGGCCAUGGAACGCUUACGGGGAAUAUGGGCGGAUCUGGAUCGGCUCAGAUCCCUUGCUGGAACCAUGCACGAUCAAGUCAAAACCCAGACUGCUGCCCGUCCACCCACGGUCUGUGGCAUGCCGGAAGAACGGCGCCUCAUGCAAGUACAGUCCAAAAAGAUAUGCUCGAUUUGCAUUUAA